AUGCAGAGCGAAAAACACGAUAAGAAGGGGAAAAUGCCAGAGUACUCGAUUCCCCAGCAGCAGGAAGACCGAGAGCCCACCAAAACACCAGAUACUGGUAUCUAUCAUUCCGAAUCUUCCCGUGACGCUGUUGCAGUCUCUGGUCUUGACGACGAAGACAAUAGCCUUAUCACAUAUAUGACGUUAGCAGUUAUGCGUGACCCCGAUCUCGAUGGUCUCCUCAAGCGAUCGGAGACCGACCCUAGCUGCGGCGAAGAGAUAAGAUUACGCAUGAUCACGCUCUACCCACGUGCCGGGGGUAUUAAUGAUCUUUUAAAAAGGCUAUAUCGGUCCCGCAUCAAGGAGGAGAAGAAGAGGCCUUGGGCGGCUUCGCCCCGUAUAUUGAUUAGGCCCGCGGGAAUAAGGGUGCACCGAACCGUUGGCGGUUUAAGACUACCAAGGACGGUCAUAGAAACAUCAACGCAGAGAAUUGAGAGAAGGAUGACGAGGCCGCCGAGAGAUCGGAGAAGGACGAGGGGGGGCAUGCUGAGGACUGACGAAACGAAUAUGCUGGUUGACCGUUUUGAGUCACUGUUGUCUUUCCAGGGGGGUGCGGAGAACAGCAGCGAGGACCAAGCUAGAGAGGAUGAAAUGAGUAUUGACUAA